GCCGCCCCUUCCCGCGGUCGCAGCCUCGCGCCCGCCGCCGGCGGCAGCGAGUGAGGGGAGCUGAGCCGAGCCGAGCGAGGUUUUCUUUGCCUAAUUUCCCACAUGAUGGAACAAAUCUGUUCUUGACCAGCAUGGAUAUGUAGACCUUUUCAAGAUGGUUAAGAACUGUGGUGAAGAACCAAGUGGAAUGGCAAGAGGAAGAAUCUACUUCUGCUGAUGUUUGAUUUCUAUGCUGGGAGGCAUGGUUUCCUGACAGAAGAGUGCAUUAUAUUUUAUAACAGCAGAUCUUUAUUAAAUGUGCCAUCAGUGGUAGUUUUGGAAAGAUGAGAAGACAUCCGUUGCAGAACAAUUCAGUGAAGCUGAAAAUAAUGUCUAUGAUGCAUCUGUCCAGCUCCUUAGGGGGGUAGCAGUACUGGAACAGGCAUCACCUGAGGCUCAUAAUCUACCAUCAGAAAUAAACUCUGGCCAGCUAGAAAGAUGGUGAUGUUAAAGCACCCUGACCUGACAAGUCUACUUCUUCUUUCCUAGAGAUCCAGGGAGGGAAGGACUAAGUGAACGUGGAAGUGCUGCCAUUGAUUUAUCUACAUGUGUUGAAUUGAUCAUCACUGGCAAAAUAGUCUUUACAAACAGGUCUCCUGUUUCUGUUAUGUCUGUCCCAGUUAUGAGAGCUUUUUUUGUGAGUUUUGAGCCUGGUGCUGUCAGCCUCAUGUGAACAAACCAAAACAAAAAGCACGCUGUUUUUUAGAAAACAAAAUGCCACGGAGAAGGAAAACUGGUGGGAGUCCUUCUCAGAAGAGUGGCAAUUCUGACAGAACUGCUCUUGCUGUAUCCCAAGGGGACCCAAGUCACUUAAUGUCUCAAGCAGUGCAUUAUGUCAAUAAGGAAGAGCUUUUCAACAGCAUGUCAGAGAUGUUUUCUAUCCUAGAUCCUAGCGUGGUUUAUAUGGUUCUGUCUGAAUGCGAUUUUAAAGUAGAAAAUGCUAUGGAUCAUCUUCUAGAGCUGUCCACCCAUGCCAAAGGAGUAGCAUCUUCAAAAACCUUGGGUUUGGAUUCAGCAGCAGCAUCAUUAGUUCUUGUUAAUCAGCAAAGAUCUGUUGCAAAUGAAAGAAUGGUGGAAAGUACUGCAGAACAAAGUAAACCCGGAGAAGCCAUAGAAAAGGUCCUGUCAUCUGAUGUGCAGCUGACUGAAGAACUGGAUUCCUUAAUAGAAAAUGCCUUUCAGAGUUACAGCUUGAGUGAUGAAUUACCUAAUUCUGCAAAUGACCAAAUAGUACAUAAGCACCCUGUGGAGCACGAUGGCUUAAUUGAAUUUUCCGAGUGGGAAAAAUCUGAUUCAGUUUGCAGUGUCCUAUUUUUUCCACAGCAAGCAGAGACAAAUAAUGAGGUUUUAGAAAACUUCUGUUCUCAGCCACCAGUGAGUCAGCUGAGCAUCCAGACAAGCUCACCAGCUGCAUCAGGCACUUUUACACAGAUAAUGGAAGAUUCUGAUUUGUUGGAAAUACAUGCUCAACAUGAUGUAGCUUCAGAAGUCUAUAAACAAUUAAAUGGAGAAAUAUCAUCUGAAAAUUCUGAUCAGACACAAGAUACUUUUUUGGAUCAAAGUAGUGUCACUCCUGUUUCUGGUGAGUCCUCCCAAAGCCCUCUGGAACUUGGAGUAAAUGUCACUGGAGAUCCUAAUUCAAGGUGCCUGGAACAGCCUGAAGAGGUAGUGACUGCCUUUAACAGCUACCAGAGCACUUCUCUUCCAGAGGCGUAUGUCUCUCUUGAAACAUCCAGUUUGAAAACACAAAAACCUGCAGAUGUUCAGCAAACUCAGCAGGGUUAUAACUUAAAUUUUUCUACACCAUCAGGUCAAUCACAGCAACGCUGGAAUCUCAUGGCUCCUGUGUUUUAUCCAUCCAGUAGAAGUCACAGCUUUGUAGUUCCUGUGGCUGCCAGUCCAGGGCAGUGGAGACCUGGUUCAGACUGUAGGACUUCAGAAAAAGGACUUUUUGUUUUCUCCCCAGUGGUUUCAAAUGCCUGGGAUAGCAACCCUUCUCUGAAGGUAUGGGGAAAUCAAGAUAGAAACUCAAAAUUGAACCUCUCGCAAGUACAGCAGCCACGUGUUUGUCACAUGAUGAGAAAAAAGAUGCAUCUUAUAGGUCAAGUACUUGUUCUUCUCAGAGGUGUUCCAGGAUCAGGAAAAUCAUAUUUGGCAAGGAAUAUCCUUGAGGAUAACCCAGGAGGAAUCAUUCUUAGUACUGAUGAUUACUUUAAUAAACAUGGACAAUACCAUUAUGAUCCCAGUUGCUUAGGGGAAGCGCAUGACUGGAACAGGAAACGAGCCAAAGAAGCGUUUGAAAGGGGAAUCUCUCCUAUAAUAAUAGACAACACAAACAUACAAGCAUGGGAGAUGAAGCCUUAUGUUACUUUGGCUCAGCAGUUCAAAUACGAAGUAAUGUUCCGAGAACCAGACACUUGGUGGAAGUUUAAACCAAAAGAACUUGAAAGGCGAAACAUUCAUGGUGUAUCUAAAGAAAAGAUCAAAAGAAUGUUGGAACGAUAUGAACGCUGCCUUACUGUUAGAUCAAUAUUGGAUUCUUCAGUUCCAGAUAAAUCAGAAGCUGCUGGUUGGAGUGAAGAUCCUUCUGAGGAGGAAAGCCAUAGUUUGUGUUUCAGAAAGAGAGAGGCACAUUGUGAUGCAAAGGAAGAACCACCUUUUGCUUUUGAUGUGGAGCCUCUUGAAUUAGCUGAAGUUGGUAAAACUUCUCCCCAUAAUUCUCUAAUAUUAGAAAGCAGCUGUGAUCCUGAACAUUUUCAGCAAGAGGAAAAAGAAAUGAAAAAUAACUCAGUGGAACACAAUUCUGAGAACAGCGCUGUUCAAGAUGACUUGGAUGUCUGUUUAUCAGAGUGCAUCGAAAAAGAGCUGCCCUUGGAGAAGAAAGAAGAAAAGGGAGAAAAAGUAGAAAAAAAUACUGAAACAGAAAUAGAUGAUGUUGAUGUGAUCACAGCUGAAGAGACUGCGAAUUUGCAUACAGGAGGAGCUGAGGAACACAGUGAUAACAACACUGUCAAUGUUCAAACUGAAGUUCAACAAUCGGGUUCCAUAUGUAUGGAACCAAAAUCAACACAAACUGAUAACACAGUGGAACCAAGCAGUUCAGCUUUUGACACGUCAGGGAAACCUGAACUACUAAACUUCCUGGGUGACUGGCCUGUAGAACAAACAAUGGGACAGAGAGUCAAAAGAUCUAGAAGGCUAGAAAAAUCUUCUCUGAAGAGUGAUAAGGAAAGUGAAACUCCACGUCAGCAGCAUCCUGAGAUAGGUAAAGAGCAAGUGGGCCUGCCUGAGACAUGCACUGUUGAGAGAGGACAUGAGAAGGAAAAUCUAGCCUCUAGCUGCUCCUCUAUUAGUUCAGAUAAAGUUACACUGGAAUUGCAAAUGGUAGGACAUUGGCCUAUCUCAGCCUCAUUAGAACAGAGACAACAAAGGUCAAGGAGAAUGAAAAUGACAAAUCAGUCUGAUGAAGGUAGAAAUCCUGAAGGUGACAUUGACAUAAAUGCUCUUGAGACUGUAGAUGUGCUUUGUGGGACACCUGUGAGCACUGCAGAGCAACCAGAUAUAAAGAGUUUUCCUAUGCACCAAGAUGAAAUAGUAGCCAGUGAAACAGGAGGUGAGGAAAAAAGCCAGCAAAAUAAGAGAACAAAGAAACAUCACAGAUUAGCCCUCACUUUUACAAACAACAGUUUGCCCCAUCCCGAAGAAGAGGACCACUUGUCUAACCUUAACACUACAGAAGAGAAACAGGACACGUGCUUAUGUAGACAAAAAAGUAGCCAUUCACAGACUGAAUCACAGGACUUUGCUCUCCUGUGGAGAUUAGAGAAGAAAAUGCUUUUUCCUGACACUACCAAAGUAUUGCAUGGCAGACUAGAUGGCUUCAAACCCAAGCACGUUGAUAAUGCCUCAGAUUCUCAGGAAAAAAUACCAUAUCGAGUUACUUAUGAUAAAAGCACGUUUGUAGAAGAAAGUGAACUUACCAAUAUUGAUGACUCUGAAAAGCUGGAUACACUGUGUAAGCUCUUUGAGUCUGUUUCAUUUGAAGCUCUGAAAGAUCUCUAUGAAAGAUGUAACAAAGACAUAGACUGGGCCACAGGUUUGCUAUUAGACUCUGAAGAAAAGUUAUGCAAGGCUGUUGAUACCGAAUGCUUUCAGGUAAGAGAAGCUGAGCCAGUUGUCUCAGACCUUGAUUUCAAGGCAAGUACAAACUGUGAUGAGAAUCUCAAAGACGGCGAACAAACAUCAGAAGUAAUUGGGGCUGGUGGUAUCUCUGAGGCUUCAGAAGGUAAGAACUCAUCACUCAGCAUUGCAGAAAGUAGGGCUGCCAAGGCAGCUGUGACAGAUGCUGAUGUACCUGACUCAUUCACUGCUACCUCACUGAAUGAUACAGAGGAACUGAAAAAUUCCAUGGAUGCAGCCCCUAGAACCGACACAGACAGCUCAGCAGCAGGUGUCACUGAGCUGUCCUUUUCAGGAAAGCAGUCUGUAGAGUCUGAGAGUCUUGUUGAAGAAAGUGUAAAUAAGCCAUCACUUUUACAACUUGAUGCAGCCUUCUGUACACCCGUGACUUUGCCUCAUGGUCCUAACACAACUUCUACCAAUUUGAAAUUUGGAUUAAAUAAUGAAAGUGACAUUAAUCCUUCAGAAAGCAAUGGAGAGAAUUCCAAAGUGACUCCUUCUUUACUGGAAAUGGAUCAUGAGCUUCUGGUCAGUCCUAGGAGUGAUAAAGAAAUGGAGGUGAAUAAAGAAACCUGGGAAAGUUCUGAGGAGAUAUGUGGUAAAGAAGAAAUUGAAAGUCCAAGCUGGUCUGCAGCUAAAGCCAAGAGACAAAGCCCUGUACCAGCAUCACAUGCAGCUUUCAGUAUAGAUUGCCUAGAACUAACAUUACCUCCUGAACUGGCACUCCAGCUGAAAGAGAUAUUUGGGCCUGUUGGCAUUGAUGCAGGAUCACUGACUGUUGAGGAUUGUGUGGUUCACAUUGAUCUAAAUUUGGCAAAAGUGAUUCAUGAAAAAUGGAAAGAAUCUAUUCUGAAGCGUCAGAGGAGAGAUGAAUCAUGUAAGUUGUCUGCAGAAGGUCCUGUGAUUCAGCAGAUAGAUACAGAUGACUCAGAAAUGCUGCUAUCUCAGAAUGCAGACAGUAAAAUACAGAAGAAAAAAAUGAGCUGGGCUUCAGGCACAUCUAAUGACAUACAGAUGAAAAAACCAGCAACAUCAGAUGUUUUUCCUUUUAUGGAUCACUGGAACGCUCAGAUUCAGAAAGUUUCUCUCAGGCAAAUAAUUUCUGAAGAACUAGCUAUGCAGGAGAGACAGGACAUGAAUCGUGUUCCUUCUACGGCUAGAAAAGACUGUGCUGCUAAACUAAAGGAGAAGCAACUUUUUGAGAUGUUUCCAACUAUUAAUCAAAGUUUCUUAAUGGAUAUCUUCAGGGACAACAACUACUCUUUAGAACAAACUGAACAGUUUCUGAACUGUGUCCUGGAGGCAGAUCCUGUAAAAACAGUUAUAGCUCAAGAAAGUGUUCAGCAAAAUGAAAUUGUUACUUCCUACAGUGCAAAAAACCGGGAGAAGAAGGCAAAAAAAUGUAAGGAAGAGGAUGAUCCUUUGAGUGAAAUAUUUCAAGACUUUGAGUAUCCACAAUAUGAUGAUUUAAGAGCAGAAGCUUUUUGUCACCAGCAAAAGAGAAAAGAAUGUUUGAAAAAGGCUGGGGAGGCCUAUCGGAUGGGUAUGAAGCCUGUGGCAGCAUUUUAUGCACAUCAGAGUCGCCUUCACGAGCAGAAGAUGAAGGAAGCCAACCAUGCUGCUGCUGUGCAAAUCUUUGAGAGAGUAAAUUCUUCCUUGCUGCCUAUGAAUGUGUUGGAUUUGCAUGGUCUCCACGUGGAUGAAGCUGUGAAUCAGUUGGCCAGAGUGCUGCAGGAAAAAAGUGAAGAGCACCAGCAGACUGGUGGUAAACCAUAUCUCACUGUUAUCACGGGAAGAGGAAGCCAUAGUCAGGGAGGAGUUGCUCGCAUCAGACCAGCAGCUAUCAGAUACCUCACAACCCACAACUUCAGGUUCACAGAAAUAAAACCAGGCUGCCUGAAAGUCAUGCUCAUUUGAGGAGUUGUGGAGAAGAGGAAUAUAGAAACUGAGGAUCUCAAGCAUGUGCUUAAAAGCUGUGCUGAGCUUGAUGCAGAAUGGAGCAGGAGUUCAGUGCACAGUGAGUUAGUAAGUAGAGUUUUAUCAGUAAGGAUCUAAGUAAGUAAAGUUUUAUCACUAAGGAUCUUCAUGCCUUCAGCUACUUGCCCGUAUUCCAGAAACACAACACUGGAGAUCUUGUAUUCUCUGACUGGUUUUAUAAUGUAUUCUGUGAUGAAUUCUAUGAAAUAUAAUUGUUUCCAAGUGGUAUUUUAAAGUAGGUUACAUUUUAGAAGUUCCAGCCUUUCUGAUGUCUUCUCCAGUUACAUCAGUGAGAAUCCUGAAGUAUCAUGUAAAUUCUGUAUCAUCUUACACUUUUAAUUAAAACAACAGUAUUGCCACCAGCACUCUAAAAUAAUGUGCGACUGUUAAAAUACCUAUUUUGUGUACUACUUUUUAUUCUGUUCUUCAGCAGCAUGUGAUUGUGAUGACUUUAAUAUAUGACUUUUGGUGUCUUUUUUACAAAACAUUUUAAUAGUUAUCCCAAAUUUUAAUUUAGGAAAAUUAUCCUGUUUUUAUCGUACAAAAUUAAUGCUUGUGCUAACAUUGAUGAGUGAUCUUACAGGAAAAAAAAAAAAGACCCAGAGGUGCAAUGCAGAAAGUUGUCUGAAGUAACGUGACUGUUGAAAAACAUUUCAGUUGAUUGUGAAAGUAGUAGGGCAAAAAUGUUAUUUUAAAAAAUAUUUCAAGAUACUUUGGCUUUUGCUUUUAAUAUCAUGUGGUACAUCCCCCCCAAACCCAACCAAAGCCCAACUGUUCAUGCUAUUUUAGCUAAAUAAAUUGUGCAGAGGAUUAAAUGACUAUAGGUGAAUAUGCAUGUGAAAAGACCUAGUACUGCAGCUACCACUUGUAAAAGCUGUUAGGACCAGUAAGUAUAUUGGAAGAUAUAAAUUUCUAUUUUUAAAUUAAAAUAAAAAAUGAUUUUUUAUUUGUAUAAAGUUGUAAUUUUGCUGUUAACUAUAACUUUCAUUUUUUACUGAAAUAAUUUUGUAAUCUGCAUUUAGAAUUUCUAAUGUGAAAAGGAAUUUACAAAAUCUAGUUUAAUAAAGAUUUUUUUGCCACAA